ACAUACGCAAAGAAAAAAAAAACGAAAAGUAUAAACAUUUAUAGGUCACAUUCGCUACCCUGUUUACUUGUGAUUCUCACUAAUAUGUGUUUAUUUUGUAUAUACAUUUUUACAGAUGAUAAUGGACAGCUGGACUCAGGCGAAUCUCGUAUACGCGUGCGCAAUUGGCUCAUGUUGGCGGAUCAGUCGAUCAUAGACAAGACUAGCGACGAGUCUACAGAUAAACUAACUCCGAGCAAAAAGCCAAACAUAAGCGCUGUUAAAAGCACUAACAAUGCCAAUGCAAAGCCAGCCACGACACCCGCAACAAUCAGCACAACGCCGCCGGCGACGAGAACGCUCAACAACAGCAGCAACAGCAACAACACAAACAACAACAGCAACAACAACAAUAUUGUUGGCGAAAAGACGAGCAGCAGCUGUUUACCUGUGCUGGAUCCAAAGACGCAAACGGUGACUCGAAUUGGCAGCAUCGGCCGCACAACGAUUGCGUGCAUCACGCCGGCCAGCCUGAAGAAUAGCGCAAGCAACUGCAAUGUGGAUGCCGCAUCCGCAGCGGCGCUGGCCGCUGCAGGCGUUGAGCUGGACAGCAUUGAUGAUUCGAUGACGGAGGUGAUAGUAAAGAUUGAAAAUCCAGAGAAUGUGUCGCUCAAUGGCGACGAGGCUGUGUGCAAUGAGGCUAUCGAUGAUGAGAAUACAUUCGAUUAUGAUCUGAAGAUGGCCAGUCCAUUGUCCUGGACUUAUGAUGCGGUCAAGAUUGAGAACGAGGAGUUCGAGGAUAGUUAUUUAAUGGAUAACGAUGAUGACGAUGAUGAUCUGUUGACCACCGCAGCGGCCACACAAAAGCACGCCAAGCAAUCAAACGAGAAACAAAGAAACGGCAGCAGCAGCAACAACAACAACAGCAGCAGCAACAAGAUUGUGCUCAGCUCACAGCAACAGCAGCAACUGUUGCUGGAGCAGCAGCAACACUUGCAGCAUCUGCAGCUGCAGCCCACCAGCCAAUCGCUGCAGAUCAAGCUGCCCGCCAUACCGGCAACCAUAACCACCAUCGCAGCACCACAAAAACAACCGAUAGCCAGCACCAGCGGUGGUGCGAACAUAACCACCGCCAAUUCGACGCUGCUCUCCAGUAAGCUGGGCCUCAAUAUGGACGCACAGAAUCUGAAUUUGCACUGGUCGCACACGGAUGACAAUCGCUAUCGGAUUCUGGUGCAGAACAAGCGCAUGCGUAAGGAGUCGCUGGAGCAUUCGGCGGACAUGAUCUAUAAUGCGGACAUUGAGAAGCCUUGGGUGUGCCGCAACUGCAAUCGCACCUACAAAUGGAAGAACAGCCUCAAGUGUCAUCUGAAGAACGAGUGCGGCUUGCCGCCCCGCUACUUCUGCAGCAAGAUGUGCGGCUAUGCGACGAAUGUGCACAGCAAUCUGAAGCGUCAUCUCAAUACCAAGUGUCGUGAUCGCGAGAAGGAGGAGGAGGAGAAGGAAAAGGAGAAGGAGAAGGAGCGAAAGCUGGCACCAGCUCCAGUCAAUGCAAUGGCCAACAGCAGCAGCAAUACUGUCGGCGGCAACAACAAUGCCAACAGCAGCAACAACAACAACAACAACAACAACAACAACAACAGCAGCAACAGCAACAGCAGCACCUACACACUGGUCUUUCAGAAUGAAUAGAGGCUUGAGGCAGACAAAAAAAAAUGUUGUACAAAUAAGCUAUGGGAACUGGCAACUGGGUAAAUGGUAACUGCAGCUAGUGGCAUGCAACAAGCAACAAUCAGAACUUAACAUAGUAUAAAUUAAGGUUUUUUUUUUUGUUUUUGUUUCUAACAAGCACGUGUGCAAUGUUUGUUGCUGCCACUCCCAAAAAAUAGGCAGCACAGAAUCUGUCAUUAGUUGUUCCUUUUUUUUUAUAAUAUAAUUAACUAUAGUGGGCAUCUUUUUCGAACAAACUGUUUUGUUGCAUGCCCCAUGCACGCUGUGCCAUGCAAGUUGCAAAGGAACCCAAAAAAAAAAA